CACACAUCCAUAUUAGCAUGCGUCACGCGAGACAGUGCUGCAUACUCUUUAGGUAUAUGGUGUUAUGUUGUCAGACUGAAUGUCAGUAAAUGAACCGAGUUACACUCAUCGACAGCCCCUCACUGCAGCUCACAUUUCCUGCGCUAAUGAUGCCAGGCGACGAUACCAUGCUUUCCAAGCGACUCCAUAGUAUUCAAAUUGGCGGGAAAAAGAGUGAAGAGGAACGCCAUUGUCGUUUGUCGGUCAUGGGGGCAUCGUGCGUCGGAAAGUCGGCAAUUAUUUCCCAGUUCCUGUAUGACACAUUUUCUUCAGAUUAUCACGAAACAGUUGAAGAUCUCCACCGGAAAGUUGUUGACAUAAACGGAAGUAAAGUAAUCCUGGACAUUUUAGACACUGCUGGGACUCACGAGUUCCCGGCCAUGCGCAAACUGGCAAUAGCAACUAGCGACGCGUUCAUUCUAGUGUAUUCUGUAGACAACGAUGCCUCUUUCGAGGAGGUAAAAGUGCUUCGUGAACAGAUCAUAGAGGAGAGAAACGAUGUCAAUGUGCCUAUUGUGAUAGUGGGAAACAAAGCGGAUGUGAACGAGCAGACCAGGAUUAUGGAACAGGAGACUGCCGAAACUAUAGCAUGUGUGGAAUGGGGCUGUGGUUAUGUUGAGGCUUCAGCCAAACAAAAUAUAAACAUCCCGCAAAUUUUCGCGGAAAUGUUAAGACUCAGUGAUAUUCCUUGCCUUACGAUACCAGAAGGGCAGAGAACAAAACGAAAACGACUUCUUUCGGCGCCUUUACCGACAAUUCAUCACGUUUUCGAAACACCCAAGGCUCCAAAGAGAAACAGCUGUGCAGUGUCAUAGCAAGGACCCUCGUAACAAUCGCAAUAUUACAUAUUAUAUGAUAUAUAUAUAUACAAUGUAUACAAAUGCACAUUCAGUAAAUCAUGUAAAUAUGCUAUAUAUUUCUGCGAAUAAGAAAUAAAUAUUUUGUAAUUAUGUAAAUUUUAUAAAGAAAAUAAAAACUUAUCCCAAAUAAAACGAUAAUAACUGAUGAUGUCUGUCA